AUGGACCUGCCGUGCUCGCCCGAGCUGGCCGUCGGCACGGCAGCCAUGGUCCUCCACGAGACGCCGGGCUACCUUGCCUGGGGCGGGGCCUUUGCCCCGGGCGUCGUCACUGUCACUGCUGUUGCCCUCCACUUUGCCCCAGACUGUGGCGGCCGCCCGCUACGCUGCCCGCUGCUGGCAGUGGCCAAGGCCUCGCUCGGAUCGUGCUUGGAGCUCAGACUCCGCGGUGCUGCAGGACGCAUCGUUCUCGCCUUUGACGCCCCUCAGUCCGGCCGCGCUCUCCUCGCCACCCUGGCCGGAUACUGGACGGCGGCCAAGGCGGCCGGUCGUGAUCUCGCAUCGCAAGCGGCCAUCGCCUGCGCCUACGCCCGCGUCGCUUCUCUGCCACCUGGCGCGGACAGCGGGCUUGGCGUGUUCUCGGUCGUCGACGAGUUUGACGGUCGGAUGCAGGCGACCGACGCCGGCUUCCGCGCCUCGUUUGUCAACAGCGAGUACGCCCUCUCCGACUCGUAUCCGAGCGUACUGUACGUGCCGGCGGGCGUUGCGGAUGACAUCCUGCGCGCUGCAGCGUCGUUCCGGGCCAAAGAGCGCAUCCCGGUGCUCUGCUGGACGCUCCCGGGCUCGCCGGCGGCGCUGUUUCGGUCGGCCCAGCCGGCCACCGGCCUCAUCGGCCACCGGUGCGACGCCGACGAGCGGCUGGUGGCGGCAAUGGCGGCGCUCAACCCGGGCGCCCCGUUUGUCAUCAUCGACGCGCGGCCGUACGUCAAUGCCGCCCUCAACUCGGCCAAGGGCUACGGGACCGAGCGCAUCGGCAACUACCCCAACGUGACCCUUGAAUUUAUGGGCAUUGGCAACAUCCACGUCAUGCGCGACUCGCUGCACAAGCUUGCAGCGGCAGUCAACUCGCCCAAAGCGCGCGCGCGCCCGUCAGAGUGGCUCUCCCGCGUUGCAGACUCGGGCUGGCUCGACCACGUCGCCAAGGUUCUCGCUGGUGCCAACCGAAUCGCCCACAUCCUCACCGCCGAGGCCGGCUCGGUCCUUGUCCACUGCUCACACGGCUGGGACCGGACGCCGCAGCUGACCAGCCUCGCGCAAGUCCUCGUCGACCCGUACUACCGCACCCUCGACGGUCUCGUCACCCUUGUCCAGAAGGAGUGGCUCAGUUUUGGCCACAAGUUUGCCGAUCGCACCUCCCAGUUUGCGGACGUCCGAGUUUCAUCACGUAGCUCCAAGGGCGGCGGGAGCGCGACGCCCGACCCGUCCGUGCCCGGUGUCGGCUUUGACGCGGGGUCUGGACCAGGCGCCGCCGGAAGCGACGGGCCAUCGUCGUCGUCGUCAGUCUUGCGCGGCAUGCGCUCGCUCGGCAAGUCUCUCUCACGCAACCUCGGCCGGCUCUCCGGCUCGUCGAACGAAGCAUCGCCCGUGUCCAGGUCCAAGGGUGUGGGGCCGACCUCAGAAGAGUCGCCCAUUUUUCUGCAGUUUCUGGACGCGCUCUAUCAGCUGCUGCACCAGUUCCCGUGGGCCUUUGAGUACAACGAGGACGCGCUCAUUGCGCUCGCCGAUGCGGCGUACUCGGACUUGUUUGGUACGUUCCUGCUCAACUUUGAGGCUGAGCGGGUCCAGGCCGAUCUCAACUCGUCGACGCUCUCGGUGUGGCCCUGCCUCCUCGCUGCCCGCGAUCAGUUCAUUAACCCGCGGUUCGACGCCUGCGACGAGGUCCUCACAGCCGCCACGACUGGCCAUCACGUCUCAGUCUGGACAGGCUACUACGGUCGGUAUGUCUCGUUUGGUCAUCCCGCACCAGCCAGGUGCCAGUGCCUGGUACCAAAAGCCGAGCGAUCGCUCUCGGUCAUCCCGCCGUCGCUGCUUGACGAACUAAGUGACGAUGGCGACGAUCACUACCUGUCGGCCGGAUCCGGCGAGGACGUGAGCGCCGGAGAGGCCGAGGGCAGCACGUCUGUGCACCCUGGCGAAGCCGCCAACCACGUCUCGGAGGAUGAGGCCUCGCUCUCCUGGGACGAGUCGUGGGAGGCGGUCGAGAGCGAGCAAGACGUGGCCGAGACCGGCGACGGCAGCGAGUCUGCUCUGGCCGCGCCCGCCGUCCGAUGGGUGCCAGACUCGGAGGCGUUCCAGUGCGCCCAGUGCCAGUCCAAGUUCUCGAUCUCGGUGAGGCGGCACCAUUGCCGACUGUGCGGCAAGGUGUUUUGCAACAAGUGCACCAAGGCGCGAAUCGUGCUGUUUGACGACGGCAAGAAGCACCGCGUAUGCGACACGUGCGCAAAGGCGCGACACUAGCCGCUAGCCGACCGGUGGCCCGAGGUUUUACUGCUCGAGGCUCGCCUCCGAGACCACCAGAUGGCGCUCGCCGAGCAGGAGCUCCCAGCGGAAGAGAAGCCGAAUGUUGGGCACGUUGGAGAGCGAGAUGUCAUUGCCGGACGCGCCGGCAGCCUUGUAGUUGUUGCCGAGCCAGUAGCGCUUGACCGGGUC